AUGCUCCACCAUCCCACCCUUUCUAACCACCACACUCUUGCCACCCUCUACAAGUCCUGCUCUUUCCUCAUUUCUCUCUCCUUCGGCCUCCAACUCGACACUCUCUCUCUCAAGCUCUCUUUAUCUUUCCAACCCUUCAUCGCCUUUUCGCUUAUUAAUUUCUAUUCCAAAACCCAACUUCCAAAUGAUGCUGGUAAAGUGUUCGAGGAAAUUCCUCACAAAGACCAAGUUUGUUACGGGUCUAUAAUUGUUGGGUUAGAGCAAAAUUCAUGGUUGUUUGAGGCUUUAGCUUGCUUUGCUAACAUGAGAAGUCGUGGGAUUGAGUCUACUAUGUAUAGUGUAUCGGGAGCACUCCGUGUAGCGAUAGAGCUUGUUACUUUGGAGCAAUGUAGGAUAAUUCACGGUCACAUGGUUGUUACUGGGCUCGAUUUGGGUACUGUUAUGGGGACUGCGUUGGUUGAUGGGUAUAGGAAGUGUGGUUUGGUAUCAGACGCCUAUGGGGUGUUUGAUGAGCUUGUGUCAGAGAUGGGUAUUAUCGGGUGGAAUAUAAUGAUGGCGAGUUAUGCACAACAAGGGGAGUGGAAUUCGGUGAUAGAGCUUUUUGGUUCGAUUGACGCUAGAGGGCUUGUCCCGGAUGAAUAUAGCUUUCUCGCAAUUCAUUCAGCUUUUUACAAUGCGGGUUUAAUUGGGGAGACUAAACAGUGGUUGAGCAGGAUGAAAUUUAAUCAUGGGUUAGAGCCAUUGCUCGAGUAUUAUACAUGUUUAGUGGGAGCAAUGGGUCGAGCAGGGUAA